CUCAACCUGCCAUGCUCGGUAAUGACUAGAUGUUACUCAUAGUACAGGAAACAUGCGGAGGUAUAUGAGGCCCGCCAACUCCAGAUGUGGAGGCAUCUAUACCUGCGAUGACACAGACGAUGCAUAGGUUUUCGUGUCUCUUGGUGGCGCUGCUUGCAGCAGUCAGCGUGGCCCAGGAUAUCUGCGACGAACCUGCCUCACGAUUGUACCUCCCAGAUCCCCCGUACGACAAUUACCUAUACUUCGACUGCCACUCGAGCUCCCAUGUCGUUAUCACGAGCCCUACACCAGAAAGUAAUCUAAGUGUAAUCGGUCCGCGAUUACUUGUAGCAUGGCCUGCAGGCAAUAGCGGCCUGGUCGUCUACUUCGAACCAACAGGCGCAGUCAACGGAACCUUAACACCUAGCCUUGCAAAUUCGUCUUCGACUGGCGAACCACUGGAUCCAAUCUAUGAGCCUGUCGAGAAUAGUAAUCCCGUAGUCGGCGUCUCUGGCUCCAUCAACUUCAAUGUACCUGUAACUUUGACGAUUGCAAUUCUCGGCAGCAUACGUACUGUCCGAGACUUUGCUGAAGGUCCUAGCAUACUCGAUCCAGAUGUACAGAGCGGUCUUCGGUACUCAGGGUCAAACACCAGCGUGAUCAUCAAACGGACUUGGUUUGACAACAUCACAACCACCAACCUAGAACUCGCUCCGCUUGACGGCGCACCGGCAAUUACUAUUGAGCAGGUUAGCUCAAAUAGCAGCCACGUGCUGUUCGGCGCAGGCACGUAUAGAUUCAAUGCUUCCUUCAACUACGCCCAGCUUGAACAGCUGAAUCAGACGGAAGUGCUCAAUCCAGAUUCAAUGGAUUUGGUUCAGCAGCAACCUGACCAAAUGACGUCCCUGUCCUUCUUGUCUUACGAAGAUAAGCUUCUGGCCGGCACGUGGCGCUUCCUUACCUACUUUGGCAGAGACAGCAUGAUCUCUAUGCUAUUAAUGCAGCCUGUAUUAAGUGAGGGAGAGAAAGGUGCUAUCGAGGCUGUCAUCGGACCAGUACUGGAGCGCAUAAAUCGCACAGAUGGGACAGUGUGUCACGAGGAAGUAAUUGGCGACUACGCCACUUAUCUGAACCUCAAAGAGAAUAUCACAUCCACCGAACCCCGCUGCGACUACAAGAUGGUAGACACAGACUAUUUGCUCCCUAUCGCCAUGAAAAACUACUUUGUCGAUACAGAAACCGGCAAACAACAUUCCAAAGCCUUCUUCAACACCACAGCUACUUUCCUGGUCGAGAACGAGGGGCUCACCUAUGAGACACUAGCCGAGAUCACCAUCCAGAAGAUUAUGAACGCGACUGCUGCUUUCGCAGCGCCAGGGGGCCAAGUCAUAGAGAAUCUCAUUCACCUGCGCGAUGAUCAACCCGUUGGCGAAUGGCGCGACUCGAACAACGGACUUGGAGGUGGACGCAUCUCGUACAAUGUCAAUGCAGCCCUCGUUCCAGCAGGCCUUCGUGCUAUUGCCGCUCUUAGCAGUGCAGGCUACUUUGCCAACCAUCCUGAAUGGAACGAGACAGCCGACCAGUACGCGCAGAUCUGGGAAGACUCGACGCUGCAAUUCUUCAAAAUUAGCGUGCCACAACCCGAAGCCGUUACGCUCGUCGAAAGCUACGUCACAGACAGCAAUCUCUCCGUCCCAACAAACACUGGCAAUAUCACCAGCGAUGUGGUCUAUUAUGGAGUCGCGUUGAACGGCAACGUCGCUCCGCCCAACAAUGCUUCGUCCGCAGUGGUACCUGUCAUGAAUACGGACGAUUGUUUCCGACACUUCUUCCUUAAUUCGACAAAUCAGGAGCAGCUCAGUGCGUUUCUCAACCAGACAGCUGAUCACAUUCUCAAACCCUUCCCGGUUGGUCUAGCAAGCGAUGUUGGAUUGUUCGUCGCGAAUCCCGCAUAUUCCGGAGAUGAAUCUUUUGCUGCAAACUUUACCCGUGGAGACUAUCAUGGGACGGUGGUCUGGGGUUGGCAGCUGGCUAUGAUGGGUGCUGGGCUUGGACGGCAGCUUGGAAGAUGUGAUGGCGAGAGCGUCCCAGACUUCUGCGACGACUCUAACUUGUAUCAAAGGGUGCUAUCAGCGUAUGACCGCCUAUGGGAUCUCAUCGAGGCCAACAGGGCUCAACUGAGUAGCGAAGUCUGGAGCUGGAACUAUAACGACGGCUACCAGGCUACUCCGCUCGGGACCUUCGUUCCGACCGAGAGCAACAUUCGCCAGCUCUGGAGUCUGACGUUCAUAGCUGUCAAACGAGAGGCUUUUGGCACGAAUGGGAAUAGCACUGGUGGGAACAGUACUGGUGAGGGUAGCACAUCUCAGUUUGAGGGCGCCGCGACAAGAGACAUGAUUUGAGCGCUGGUUGCUGCUAUUGCUGGUGUAGCGUGGCCGGUAUUGUAGGCCUAUGACUGAAGCUGUUAACAUCAAGGAGGCAGUGUCGUCUUCUUCGACUGACUUCGACAUCUACGCAGCUCGACAAAAUGUCUUUAGUUGCUUAAUACUGAGC